UUACGACCCUAAGCCCUCUAUCUGGCUUGUGACUUUACAUAAGUGAAAUACCUUCUACUGGUCACAUACACGCUGCAUGAUAGCCAGCCUACGUUGUUCAUGAUUAUGGAACUCACCGAUACGCAACGGUAAGUCAGUCCCUCCAUCCUUUCUAAUCCGGGCGAGCCUAGGUGAAUCUAGUGUGCCACCGCCGUCUGGCCACCUAGUCUGGUGACCAGGCCAUAUGGUAUUAAUGAGGCAGGCCGUCGAUAGAAGGCCUCAAACUCAAAGAUAAAUCAAGUGGCUGGCGCUGCGCCAGCUCCCACAUAGACAGCGGUGAUUCUAGUCAAACCAUGUCCCAUGUUUUGUACUGGCCAGGCCGGAUUUACUUCUAUCCGCUCGGCAACACUUCUGCUAUCUGCCUCACAGAGGAAUUGCCUCCAGAACGCAAGGCGGAUGUGCUGUUCCUUGGUGGUGGAGAUCCUAGGAACAUUUUGUACACGGUGUACGCUGAUGCUUCGCUGUCGAAUGAACCUCGCAAACUUGACGUCACCUGCUGCGAUUGCGAGGCAGCUGUCCUUGCUCGCAACACGUUACUCUUUACGCUCUUAGUCGACGAUGGCGCAGAAGGUAGACUUUCCAGCAUCUGGAACGUAUUUUAUCACAUGAUGCUGGAUGAAACAUCGCUCUCGUUGCUCAUCGAGCAAUGUCGCAAGCUGGUUCCGCUUGCGGAAAGUCUGGAUUCGUGGAGACAAGGUCCUUAUGCGCACAUCGUCAGCAUGUGCAACUCAGAUACCCUUUCGGAGAUUGGUCGAUUCUGGAAACUUUGGCUUGGGACAUCGAACUUCAAUGCUACGCAAGCUAAGCGUUUCAAGGAGAACUUUCAGAAUGGAAUGAACAGCGUACAGAAGCGAUUUGAAGCCAGCAUGGUAGUGACUCCUGUGCGUUCAGCGGGACCUCUCGCACAAGUAGCACUACUCGCUGUUUCGGAACCAUUCAAGCGGUUUUGGGCGACUGGGGUCACGGACGACGGGUUCCCAGACGUGAAGCCAGCAAACCACCUCAACCCUACCUUCGCAUUCUCUCUGUUCGGAGACGAGUUCGCUGUACACUAUGGUACAGACCCCCUCUCGAGUUUUCAUCUCGCUGAAGCUCUAGCAUCUUCUGGUCUGGAGUUAUCUAACCAGACAGGGUUGGUAAUCCCCAAAAUCGUGCGGACUGCUCGCCAGCAGUUUAACACCUGGUGCAAGGCCGUCAUACGCCGUAUCCACAAUACAAGUGCGUCCUCAGCAUCCUUGACGGUGCGGAUGUAUGCUGGCGAGGCACUUGCGUUCUGUCAAGCACUCUAUUCUGUUAGCAGGCCCUCCGUGGGGCAUACUCCGAUAUUCAUCGCGCCGUGGAGGCGAUUAGUGGUACAGCUUGACGACACAUUAUACUCCCCGAAUGCCCAUUCGCCUGCUCCGACUUCGUUCAACGUAAUCGACACGUCUAAUCUCAUUGAUCAUGUCGGAUUGUUGAACCUGCUCGCGGUUACCAUUCCCCUCCUCUCCGACUCUCCCUCAUCAACACUCUACACAGAAGCUCUACUUCCUGUAGGUGAUUCACCUGCCCAACGUAUCCUGGACCAAGUGUGCGGUAACCUCUCUACCAUAUCGCUCCUGUUAGGUGUCGUCCCUUCUGCAUAUAUUUCCCGUUUCAACACACGUUCCAACACCUCCGAGACCAUGAUACAGGCCAUCUUGCGCUCUUACACCCAGUAUCAUGAACGUCUUGCUUGGAAACGUAUCAGUUUUGGACAUUCCUCCGAUAGUUUACAAGAAGCCGAACUUUCGUUUACCCCAUCCCAACUGGCCAGAACUCUGUUCGACAUAUACUCGAGGAUGUUCUCUGAUCAAGAUCUAGGAAAACAGAGGGCCAUCAUGUCUCUUGAUGAAUCUCAGAUGGCGCAGAAGAUACAGUUUUCAGGGAUUAUCCAUUAUACCCGCCGCAGCUUUGCUCUGUUGAUCGCGCAUAUCAGCACAAGAGUCCGCUGCGACUGGAACCGAGUCAUCAAUGAUCUAAAGGAGUUGAUUCUGAACGACCGUACGCCUAUGGGCGGAGGAAAUUUUUUUCAUGAAAUGGCUUGUCAUCUGUACCUCGCAGGUUUCCGCCUUCCGUGGUCUAACCCUACCGAAGUACAGAGAUGUCGCUCUAAUGAAGACCCCCCCAUUUUCAGGACGUGGAGCGCGGUUCCCGAAGUCGUAACGGUCGUGCUAGUCGUUCCACGUCACGCUAUCGCCAAGAUACAAUCUGACCUUUCGGACAUUGGUACGCCAACUUUGCAAUGCGAAAUACAAUUCAACCUCAAUUGGAGUGCCUUCGCAUGUAUCUCUGCUUCGUUUGGCAAGCUUGAGGUAUCAGGCGAGGGCGAGAAUAAGGUGGCAGCCGUCGUGGAAGACACAGCUGGGAUCAAGGGCAUGUCGCCUUUGAUCGUCUCCUUUCCUAUGCUUUCUAUCUCUCUCAUGGUUAUGUCGGGAGGGACAGUUGGCCUAGUCGUCCGCCCCACUGUCGGAACUGCUCCAUUGGUGUCAAAGUUAGGGCUAGAAAUGUGCCUGUUCAAGGCUCUGUUGACCGAUGGACGAUAUGCCCAUGUCCUAACAAGUGCACCAAUAUCCGCCAAUGAUAGGAUCAGCUGGGAGCCCCCGCUUGUACCUCCUGAAUCGCACGCGAUGACUCGGAGACAUCCGAUCCAUGUAGAAAUGGACCAGUCCAAUACCCAAAUACAGUCCCUCACCGCACACAUCGACAUCGUAGACCCUGUAGGACAGGCUUCACUUUCCAGCGGUUGCGCAGUUACUGUGGAGCAAUGGUCUCUGAAUAAAGCCAAGAUACACGUGGAUCAAUAUCAACAUAUCAUCCCCUUCCCUCUCCCCGUCGACGCAACAAAUGCCAAACUUCGCAUAGCACGGAAGUCGAAGUAUGUCGAGGUGAGGUUCAUAGGCACAUUCCAUGAUCCGUGGUUCACAUUGGAACAGGUGGUUGCGCCAAUGAUACUGACACUCAACGUCAAGGAAGAAUCCAAUAUCUCGGAGAAUUUCAGAACGGCCUUUGAUUGUGGUAUUCCGACACUCUGGAGUAUGCACCGCUUGAAUUUGGACCGUUGCCCGUCCUUCAAGCUCUCCACGAGUCGCAAAGCGUUCGACUGGCUUGGAACCCACGUCCGAUUUAUGUUUUCGCAAAGGGAGCGCUUGUUGCGUAAACGGCGCGCGUUUCCCGGAUCUACUCCUGACACAUUUAUGAAUUUGAAGGACUCCCUCUACACUAUUUUCACUUCCACCACCGGAUUGGAAGGGCCCAUUCAUACUGAGUUUACCUUGUGGAACCCUGGAGAGAAAGGAUUCUACGCAAUGAUUCUCGUUACCGAUAUCCGACUUGAUGUUGGCUCCCACACGGUCGUAGCUGAUUCAUGGAUCAUACCGGGGUCGAAUGGUAUUCGGGACAAAUUGAUGAGAGAGAUAGCAGGGAAACUUUUUAUCAAAACAGAUGCCAACGAAUCCGAAGCAUGGAGACAUUUGCUUCCGUUGUUAAUCGAGCGGUGCCGCACUUGGAAGCACAAGUCAAGUUGCGAGUACCUCGUUCAUAACUCUAUUCCUCUCUACCCAGGUGCUGGGUCGGACGCAAACAAGGUGCCGUGGUGCUCUUGUGGGAUGGGCAUCGGGACGGAAGUGUUGAGGGAACGGUACGGCAGCGUCUCGGCCAAGUACGCGACGAGGGCAGCAAUCAGUCCGUUAUUCGCUGUCUCGUAUAUGGAAAAAAUAGAGGUGAAGACAGACGACCCGGUUGACCGCUUGAAAAGGUGCGCCGCGUGUGGAAAAGGGGGCGUUCCGUUGUCUGUAUGCUCCAGGUGCAAGAGGGUCAAGUACUGUUCAAAAGAUUGUCAAGUAAAGGAUUGGAAAACGCACAAGAAGAACUGCGUGAUGACAUGAGCCCACGGUAACAGCACCCAUGUCAUCGUUAUAUUUUGUACCUACACUGUAAACCCAUCUUCCGUAACACAUCAGGGUUCCAUCGCGUUCCGUUCCAUAUGUACUCUCUUUUCUUUUUUUUCUUUACCACUUAUACUGUUGUCUUUCCGUCACUGCGCCAGUGUGAAGUACUGUACUCCUUCCUCGUUCUCAUUCAUAUGAAUGGCACCGCUACAUACAACAUAACACUUGGAUUUUUUCCCGCCACUUCUAAUCAAACCUCAACAACUUCAAAGUGAAAU